AUGAGCACAUCACUGAUCCCGGCGCACCCUCACUUGAAGCUCAAGUUGACCAACUCUAGGGAACUCUGGAAUUUUAGGACGGCUACCGAAUCACCACAUUUGUCCAUGACUUGGGCAAUAUCCAUGGCUCAUUCCUACACCUGGAACAUAUCUCAGAUCCGCACAUACAACCACUUGAUAUUCUAUUCAGGGAUCAUUUCUUCCAAUGGUGCAGGGGAGCCAACAUGGGACUACGAAGAUGCCUUGGGUGAUGGCGGGUUUGACUUUACUAGUAACUUCGAGGAUAUACAUCAAAGGUGCACCCCCCCUCUCUCUGUCAAAUUUGUCAAAGAUCUAGAGAACGUCCGUCCCUCUCGUUCGUGUCUGCCUGCGGAGAUCAGGCUUGAGAAGCACAACAAAACAGUGAUUCCCAAUUCUGAAAGAGUAUCCCAUGGAAACCCUGGCAUUCCUCCUCACUGGAAACCUGAAAUCAAGCACAACACCCUCAGCCACACGCUGCGCCCACCCAGCAUCGAGCAUGUUGAUUAUAACAGUGGAGGAAGGACUUUGCACGGCAACCACAGGAUAGUGCUUCAACGUGUUCUGGUUACACCGGCAUACUGGUUGUGUAUGAGCAAUUGUGGCCUAUUACCAAAUGGAUGUCGAGCCAUCGAAUGGCUUAGCCAUCCAAAUCAAUGUGAUUCUCAGCUUGAGCUCUGA